GUUCUCUAUAAACAAAAACAUGCUGCUGAGAAAGGAACUUCAGAUUAUGCACAUAUGAAGGAGCCUCCAGAUAUUAAGCAUGCCAUGGAAGUCAAUAAAUACCAGAGUCAUGUAUCCUAUAAGAAGGAUGUGCAAGAUACUCAUAGAUACACUGAAGUGCUGAACAGGCCAGACAUAAAGAUGGCAACUGAGAUAACAAAGAUAAUAAGUGAUGCUGAGUACAAGAAGGGAAGGGGAGAGAUGAAUAAGGAGCCUGCUGUAAUUGGAAGACCAGAUUUUGAACAUGCUAAAGGAGUUUCAAAACUGUUAAGCCAAGUGAAAUACAAAGAGCAGUUCAGUAAGGAAAUGAAGAGCCACCAAUACAAUCCUCUUGACAGUGCUUCCUUCAAGCACGCACAGAUUGCAUCCACCUUGGCAAGUGAUGUGAAUUACAAGAAAGAUUUAGAAAGCCUACAUGAUCCAGCCUCUGAUCUACCAAACCUACUAUAUUUAAACCAUGCUUUAAAUAUCAGCAAAACACAUAGCGAUUAUGAAUAUAAGAAAUCAUUUAAGCAAAGCAAGGGCUUCUAUCAUUUCACCCUGGAUACAGCUGAACAAAUCCAUCACAAAGAAAAUGCAGUGCUUCAAAGUCAGAUAAAAUACAAAGAGAAUUAUGAAAAAUCUAAAGGCAGAUCAAUGCUGGAGUUUGUGGAUACACCAAUGUAUCAAGUUUCAAAGGAGGCUCAAAAGAUGCAAAGUGAGAAAAUAUACCGUAAAGAUUUUGAAGAAGGGAUCAAGGGAAGACCCUCAAUGGAUUUAGACAAGACCCCAGAGUUCUUGCAUAUAAAACAAGUCACUAACCUUCUGAAAGAGAAAGAAUAUAGAAAAGAUUUGGAAGAAGGCAUGAAAGGUAAAGGAAUGACAGUGUUUGAAGAUACACCGGAUUUGAUUAGAGUGAAAAACGCAGCUCAGAUACUAAAUGAGAAGCAAUACAAGAAAGACCUGGAAACUGAAAUUAAAGGGAAGGGCAUGGAAGUUGGUCCAGAUACUCCUGAGAUCAGACGAGCCAAGAAAGCUUCUGAAAUUGCAAGCAUGAAAGAAUACAAAAAAGACUUGGAGAAUGAAAUUAAAGGAAAGGGAAUGGGAGUGGGCAUGGAUACCCCUGAUAUACAACGAGCCAAAAAAGCUUCUGAAAUUGUAAGCCAGAAAGAAUAUAAAAAGGAUCUGGAGACUGAAAUUAUAGGAAAAGGGAUGCAAGUUGGCCCAUAUACUCCUGAAAUACAACGUGUCAAAAGGGCUUCUGAAAUAGCAAGCCAGAAGAUGUACAAAGAUGAAGCAGAGAAGAUGCUCUGUAACUAUUCUGCUGUCCCAGACACUCCAGAGAUGGAGAGGAUAAAAAAUACUCAGAAAAACAUCAGUUCAGUGUUUUAUAAGAAGGAAGUAGGAGCUGGCACAGCUGUAAAAGAGACUCCAGAGAUUGAAAGAGUAAAGAAAAAUCAACAGAAUAUUAGUUCGAUUAAAUACAAGGAAGAAAUUCAACAUGCAACAACUAUUUCUGAUCCACCAGAACUAAGGAGAGUUAAGGAAAACCAGAAGAAUAUUAGCAAUGUUCAGUACAAAGAACAGCUCUGCAAAGCUACGCCUGUGAGUGUUACCCCUGAGAUUGAAAGAGUCAAGAGGAAUCAAGAGAAUGUUCACUACAGAGAGCAGCCUGGCAAAGCUACUGCUGUGAGUGUCACUCCUGAGAUAGAGAGAGUCAAGAAGAAUCAAGACAAUAUCAGCUCGGUGAAGUACAGCAGUGAUCAGAGGCAGAUGAAGGGUAGACGUAGUGUGCUUCUAGACACACCUGAGCUAAGGCAUGUCAAAGAAACACAAAACAACAUCUCAAUGGUAAAAUACCAUGAAGAUUUUGAGAAGACAAAGGGCAGAGGCUUCACCCCAGUGGUAGAUGAUCCUGUAACAGAGCGGGUGCGGAAAAACACCCAAAUUGUGAGUGAUGCAGCAUAUAAAGGUGUGCAUCCACAUAUUGUUGAAAUGGAUAGAAGACCUGGGAUAAUUGUUGAUCUUAAAGUUUGGCGCACAGAUCCUGGCUCCAUCUUCGACAUUGAUCCUCUGGAGGACAAUAUUCAGUCUAGGAGUCUGCAUAUGCUUUCUGAAAGAGCAAGCCGUUACAGUAAGCAGUAUUUACAUUCUACCAGUUUGGGAGAUUAUAAAUCAGAUGGCUCUGACACGAACCCUACCUUUUCUUACUGCAGUGAGGUAACAAGGCCAUCUGAUGAAGGAGCCCCUGUUCUCCCUGGGGCAUAUCAGCAAAGCCAGUCCCAAGGAUAUGGAUACAUGCACCAGACCAGUAUGUCGUCCAUGAGGUCCAUGCAUUCACAGCCUCAUUCAGCAGGUCUGAGAACGUACAGAGCUAUGUAUGACUACAGUGCUCAAGAUGAAGAUGAAGUUUCCUUCAGGGAUGGUGAUUAUAUCAUCAAUGUGCAACCAAUUGAUGAUGGCUGGAUGUAUGGUACUGUUCAGAGAACUGGGAAAACAGGAAUGCUUCCAGCAAAUUAUAUUGAGUUUGUUAACUAAUUUUUGUCUCUAGUCCUUUGAGCUUUGUUAUGAUUUACUCAAAAUCUAACCUUUUAGAAAAAGUCAGAAGAAUCUUUUAAGAGUACACGUUCAUUACUUUAUCACUACUAUAACAGUCUGCAUUCUCACUCAGAAUCCAAUUUGGAGUCCUUUCAAGUAAAGAUAAAUAAUCAACAAGAAGCUCAGAGCUUUGAAAACAGCAUUGCUUAUAAUAGUGCUCCCUCAAAACGAAAAACAUAUAUGGAAGCCUGGUGCUGCUAAUCUUAUAAAGAUUUCAGUCAAUUCACUGUAAAGGGGAAAUACCUUUUCCCUAUAUCUUAAAGAUAUUAUUUCUCUUUAUAAUAAGCAUAAGAUCGAAUAAAUUCUUAUGGCACUCUGAAGUUACAGGAGGUUAACCACUGAGU